UCUUCCGUGAGGGGCGUGGACGCGCCCUGUCCUGAGCGCACAGUGCGCGUACAGCAGGCGCGACAGACAGAAGUGCGCGCCUCGCAACUCCAAAACAAAAAUAUGGGGCUUGAAAAGGAAAAAAUGGAGACCAGUGUCAUUAUGGAUGAGGAUGAAUUCAAUAGAUCGAUCGAACCUAUACUUGGAAAAAAACCGAACGUGUAUUCAGAGGAACCGGAUAGAGAUCCUAAAGAUAUCAACGCGCACCUAAAGGUUGGUUUUGAAGACAUCAUUGCUGAGCCCAUCUCCGCACACAGCUUUGACAGAGUGUGGAUUGGCAGUCAUGCUGUGUUCGAGCUGGUUAAAUACAUCUUCUACCGGAUCCUCACCACGUUUCUGGCCAUUCCCAUGGCAUUCAUCGUAGGAAUUGUUUUCGGGAUCCUCAGCUGUAUACAUAUUUGGGUGGUGAUGCCAGUGAUCCACAGCUGCAUGAUGACACUGCCCUCCAUCCACGUGAUCUGGACCAGCCUGAUGGACAUGUUUAUUGGGCCGUUCUUCCUCAGCAUUGGACGGUGCUUGUCGUCCAUUAAUAUCAAGACUCUGCAAAACUGAAGUGUUGCAGAAUCACUUGUCACAUUUUUUUGAGGUUUAUUAGCUGAAGGAUCAUUUAUCUUUGACUUCUGAAGCACAGAGAAGAGAAAGAAUUUUCUUUCAUUUCAAUGCACAUUUGCAAUAUUCAUUCCGUUGUUUUGUUACUGAAACGUCAGCCUCGUACUGGGUGGCGUCAGUGGUAACAUGCUUUUUCAGUACUGUUAUGUAAGUCUACUUAAGCUUUUGUAUUGAAUAUAAUGCAAGACUUUUCAAAGAUUAUAUUGUAAUGAUUGAGAUUUUAGCCUUAAAUGAAUAUUUGCUGAAAAUGAAAGCACACUCAGGCCAUUCAAGAUGGACUAAUGUUUUAUGGAUUAUUUUGAUGAUAUUAUCAACUGUGUAGACUCUCAUUCUGACGGCACCCAUUCACUCUAGAAGAUCCAUUGGUUGAGCAAGUGUAGUAAUGCUAAAUUUCUCAAAAUUUGUUUGGAAGAAGAAACUCAUCUACAUUUUUGAGCAUCUGAGAGUGAGAAAAUUGUCAGCAAAUGUUAAUUUAAGGAUAAGAUGCAAUAAGCGCAUGAUGUUCUUGUAAGGAAAAAAUGAUGCAACUUCUUCCAAUAGGGCUGUAGUGUUGUGCAAUUGAGUUAAUAUUUAUUUGGAGAUGAUUUAUCAAGAUGAGCAAAUUAGAUGAUUUGAUGGCAUUUCAAGUGUAUAAACUAUUUAUGAUUUUAGGUACAUUCCUAUUAUAAAGAGCUUUUCUAUAUUAUAACAUUCUGUAUUAAUGACUUUUAUUUUAUAUUGAAUUUUAUAUUGCUAAAAAGCGUCCGAGUGACGAUUAGUUUGACUUGCAAAGCCACAUGUGACAUGCUGUUUGCCAUUGAUUGUGCUUUGUUAGUGGCUGCGUGGAGCAAAUGGAAUAUUUGACUGUGCAAUGGAACAUUAGAGGCUCAGGUGCCGUUUCCUCGCCCCUGUUGAAUGAUGUCAUGUAGCAAACAUGCUGAACGCUGCUCAGCUUAUGAAAGACAGAGCUAAAUGUCUCUCAGUUCAGCAAAUAAAAUUAUUUUUAGAAGUUAAA